AUGGGCGCCCCCGUGUGGUCGCGAGGCUGCGGCGCGUCGGCCGCGCUACAUGUCACGGUGAGCGAGCGCGCUCUUCGCGCCGUGGUCACCGACUCGGAGUGGCGUCGCCGUCCUACUGUCUGCCCGACGGCUCACGGCGGCGCGCGUUGCACCGCCCCGCUGCACUCCGCCUGCCCCCCUGCCGCUCGCCCCCUCGGCCCCCUCCUCCGCCCGCCCCGCCCUGAAGAAUUUUCCGCAUCGGGCGGGAAAAAUCGAUUGUGCAGCGAGCCCCGAAUAAUUUCGGCAAGACGCACGGCGCCCUUGCGUCCUCACCGUCGCGGUCGGAAGGCCGGUGCGGGCGCCGCGGUCAAGCGCACCUUGCGAGCGCUGCGCCUUCGACGCCACUUGCCAACGCACGACUUAUUUCUUAACUCACGUAUGCAAACACCUGCUUGUGAGUUACCGUUACGCAGCAUUAUAGAAGAAAAAUAA